GCCGUCGUCACCAUCCCGUCCGCCCUCGCGCGCGCAGCCGGAUCAUAUCAUCACCACUUCGAUCGAUCACUACUAACGCCCGCAUUUGCCGCGUCAGCGCUGCUGGCUAGCUGCCGCGAGUGCCAGGUUCGCACGAAGGAAGGGGACAAUCCUAGAGAGAGCAAAGAUCACAGCUUGCUGAUGAAUGCGCUAGUAACGCCAUCUACAUUUGGCUUGUUCUGCUGCUCCGCUUUGUGUGAUUUGGGUUGCAAAUUAAAAGGCGAGGUCUUUUUCUCCUCCUUUUCUUUGCCUUUUGGGUUCUUGGACUCGAUCGCCAGGGAGAGGGAGUUCUCUUCUCGAGGGACGGGAAGGAUCGCUUCUUCUCUCCGUGUGUCGCCGCUUUGCUUUCGCUGCGCCUGAGAAGGUGCGAUGCGAUCGAUCGAUCUCCUGCCUCGGUUCUUGCUCCGCCGCGCCGCCAUGGGGUGGUACGAUGUUGAGGUGACCGCUCUAUCUACGUGGUGAUGUUUGGCUGAUCAUCUUGGACUUGUUCAGGAUUUCAGGAAGUGAACCAUGGGUUCAUCUGUCUCAAAGCAAGACGACGACACCGCAUUACUGAUCUGCAAGGAUCGGUUGAGACACAUUGAACAAGCAAUUGAUGCAAGGUAUGCCCUUUCAGCUGCUCAACUUGCAUACGAGCAAUCUCUCCGCAGUCUUGGCAUUGCUCUAAGGCAGUUUGUGGAGGCACACAAGGAUGAUGAUGAUAUAGAGAGGUCUCCUAGUUCUUCUUAUGCUAUAGUAUCAUCAUCGCCACCUCACCGUUCCGAUGUUAACCAUAUGAAGUCAGAGGCAAGCACUUCUGUGACAGUGACAAUCAACACAAGUCAGGCUAGCUCUGUUCAGAAGGAGCAGUCGGUUACUGCUUUCCUUCCACCACCGCUGCAGCUAGAGUUUUGCUCCUCAUGGGAUUUCUUUGAUCCAACUGUUGUUAGUGAAAAUGUUGCAUCAGAUGCCUCAGUGAACAGCCAAACAUUUGAAUUGAGAACGUUGGAAGAUCUGAGCAAUCCAAAUGAAAUGGGUUUGGCUUCUUCAAUUGGAAACACAAGUGAAAUUGUUGAGGUGCAAGAAGUGUUUGGUGCACCUGGAUGGAAACAGGUUCACAAAAAUGAUAACCUUCCUGACUUGCACCACUCUAAUUCUAAUGAAAUUCAGAUGUCUGGUACUCAUUUACCCAAUGACUCAAGCUUGGAGGAAGAGCUCGAGCAAGUACAGACGCAGGCUAUAGGAGGGCAGAAUUCUAAUGAUGUUAGUGAUAAUAUUAAAAGUGAGGCCAACCAUAUAAAUGUUAAUGCUCCCAAAAAUGAAGAAGCCAAGGCCAUUUUCAUCACUGACUCUGACUCAUCCAAAGAUUUUCUUUCCUGUGUGAAAGAUCUUGAACGUCAGUUUUCUAGGGCAGCUGUAUCCUGCCAUGAGGUCUCGAGGAUGCUUGAGACGAAGAAGAUCCGCCUUAGCAUUUCUUCCCAGACAAAAGCAGGAAAAUCAUCAGAUGUGCUUUUUCGACCAACAUUUCUCAUCGGUUGCAAAGCCGGAACUGCAGCAUCUGAUGGAUCAGAGAAGCGUGUCACAAAAGCAAUCACUUGGAAUCGCUCACUUUCAUCGCGAUCAUCAGCAUCUAAGAACCCACUUACUCCAGCUCAAAUGGACGAUGAAUUUUCAGAGAUCUGUAGUGACUUUGUUGAAGAGUUUUGUAUGAUUUCAGGAAGCCAUGCAUCCUCUUUAGAUAGACUCUACGCUUGGGAAAUGAAGCUAUAUAAUGAGUUAAAGGGUACAGAAUCACUCAAGAAGAUAUAUGAUAAGAAAUGCGUUCAGUUAAGGCACCAAUUUGAAAGGGAUGCGAGUGCCAGACAAGUUGACAAGACUCGAGUUAUUGUUAAAGAUUUGUAUUCGCGGCUCAAGGUAGAAACUGAAGUGCUAUAUUCAAUCUCUAAAAUAAUUGAGAAGUUAAGGGAUGAAGAGCUGCAGCCCCAACUUCUUGAACUAUUAAAAGGGUUGACGCGCAUGUGGGCAAUGAUGCAUGAAAUUCACCGAGUUCAGCAGACCAUCGUCUCGUCGUCGGAUAUCGUUUAUGUCCUGAGAUCUCCUCGCGGCGAGCCGUACAAGCAGCCCUUGGUGAACCUUGUCAACGAGAUGGGUUUCUUCUACUCCAGCUUGACGAAUUGGAUUGCUGCUUACAAAUGCUAUGUGGAUGGUCUCCACUCCUGGCUGCAGAAAUGCGUGCUGCAACCUUACGAUCACACCCGGGGAAGGAGGCUGACGCUCUCGCCUCGCCGGCACCUUGCUCCUCCCAUGUUCGUGCUCCUUGAUGACUGGUCCUCAGCAAUCGCGUCACUCCCGGGUGAAGAAACCUUGGGCUCUAUCAAGAACAUCAUGUCAGAUCUCAAGAAAAUGUUCAAGAAUCAUCAAGCAGAAGGUAACAAACCGGAGACUGGAUCGAAGCUGGCAACCCUGCAGGCCGGUUUAGCAACCAUGUUCGAUCGGCUGUCAAAGUUUUCAACAGCCAUGUCCAGCUUGUCUGAAAGCGUGAAGAACUCAACCGAGGCUGCCCGCGAGGCGUAUGCCGUUGGUCGGUCAGGUUAAGUUACAGGAUCAUACCCAUUACCUGGUAAAUUUGUUUGAAUUCAGUUUAUAUAGGACAAAAAGAAAUAAGUUUCGUCAGAAAGAUGGUGAUUCGGUGGUGGUGGUGGUGGUAUACCCGUCAACUGUACAUUCCUUUUACCUGUUUGUGUUCCGAAUGUUGGUGGCUCCUGACUAGGCCAGUCAGCGUUUUUUGUAACUGAAAUGGUGAUUCUGUUUAUGCUUCUGGGUGAAGUUUGUAGACAA